CAGCGGUUGACGCGGCCUGGGCGGAUCCUUCCUUGGACUCGGGCUUCGCAGACGCCUCAGGAGAAGAAAGUGCUGCUGCUUUCUCAUCAAGUCAGGGAUGCCUCUCUUUGGGAGUAUAUUCAGCCCAAAGAAGACCCCUCCUCGGAAGUCUGCCUCUCUCUCCAACCUGCAUUCUUUAGAUCGGUCGACUCGGGAAUUGGAGCUGGGCCUUGACUAUGGAACUCCCACCAUGAACCUGGCAGGGCAAAGCCUGAAGUUUGAAAAUGGCCAGUGGGUGGCAGACACAGUGAUUAGUGGGGGUGUGGAUCGGAGGGAAACUCAGCGCCUGCGCAAACGAAACCAGCAGCUGGAAGAAGAAAACAAUCUCCUGAGGCUGAAAGUAGACAUUUUGCUGGACAUGCUGUCAGAGACCACUGCUGAGUCCCACUUAAAGGACAAAGAGCUGGACGAGCUGAAGAUUAUCAACCGCAGGAGGAAAUGAAGCCCCUGGGAACACACGCUAGGAGACUAGAAAGAGUCCCGCUGACUGGGGGAGGAGGAUGUGGCAGAGCCCUUUGAUUUUUAGUCAGAUUAGUAACUUGCCCUAGGAGAGAGCAUUAACAGGCUCUGGCUCCCUUGGACUGGGAAUAGAGAGGUGACGUGGACCCCCAGGUGCCAGGCCAGGGCCAUAGCUAGGGAGGCACCUCAGACACACCGCUGGGUGUCAAUCCAAAGCAAACCCCAGGAAGGUCUAGAACUUAGGGAGCCUUUAGUCACUGUCAGCAGGGGACAGCAUACAGCUAUCCACGUCUCAGAGUCACCGUACUCAGACAGCUGGCAGCUCACCUCAUUGCACGGGUGUCUGGGGUUUGCCACUAGUUCGAGAGAACAUCACGUGAGGGUGCAUAGCUAGCGGCUCUGGGUUGUCUGACCCCUUCUCCCCUGAGCCACACUCUCUCUACCCCUAAAGAACCCUCAUCCCCACGUCCACAGCCUCUUCUGGCAUCAACUUCCCAGCAGCAAGCCCCAGCCUUUCACAGCACACUGUAAUUUACUCCACUUUCCUGUUUUGACUAUUUUUAUUUUAUUAAAUGACCCAAAUAAGUAAACCAAAAA